ACAGACUCUUGGCGCGCGCUGAUGACGUAAGCGCCUCUUAGUCUGCUGAAAACAUUGGAGGUUUUACUGGCACAAGAAAGAGCACAGCCAUGAACUGGAACAAAGGCGGUCCGGGUGUGAAACGAGGGUUCGGAUUUGGAGGAUUUUCCCUUGCAGGUAAAAAAGAAGAAGCUAGUGCACCUCCGAACUCAAACACAGCAUCGGGAGCCCCAGGAUCGAGUGGAUAUGGAAAGGGCCAGCAGCUACCAUCAUUCUACAAAAUAGGGACGAAAAGAGCCAAUUUCGAUGAGGAAAAUGCGUAUUUUGAGGAUGAUGAAGAGGAGUCCAUCAAUGUGGAUUUGCCGUACAUUCCAGCUGAGAACUCGCCCACACGCCAGCAGAUGCAGGCUGGUGGUGGGUCAGACAGUGAAGAUGACCCACUGGACGCCUUCAUGGCAGAGGUUGAGAACCAAGCGGCUAAAGACAUGAGGAAACUAGAGGAAAAAGAAAAGGAGACAAAUUCCGCAAAGGGUAUUCGUGAUGACAUUGAAGAAGAAGAUGAACAAGAAGCCUACUUCCGCUACAUGGCAGAGAAUCCCACAGCCGGGCUGAGCCUCGAGGAUGAAGAUGAAAACAUUGACUAUGACAGUGACGGGAACCCAAUCGCCCCCCUCACCAAGAAAAUUAUUUUGCCGCUUCCCCCCAUUGACCACUCUGAGAUUGAUUACCCACCCUUUGUGAAAAACUUCUACAAUGAGCAUGAAGAGCUCAGCAGCCUGACUGCAACGCAAGAGUUGGAGUUAAGGCACAAAUUGAACUUAAGAGUAUCGGGUGCAGACCCUCCAAAACCUUGUACGAGCUUUGCCCACUUCACCUUUGAUGAGCAGUUAAUGCACCAAAUCCGCAAGUCCGAGUACACUCAGCCGACACCGAUUCAGUGCCAGGGUGUGCCCAUAGCUCUGUCUGGACGUGACAUGAUUGGUAUUGCAAAAACUGGCAGUGGCAAAACUGCAGCUUUUAUCUGGCCCAUGCUGGUUCACAUCAUGGACCAAAAGGAGCUGGAGGCCGGAGAGGGGCCAAUCGCCAUCAUUGUGUGUCCCACCAGAGAGCUUUGUCAGCAGAUCCAUGCAGAAUGCAAGCGUUUCGGGAAAGCCUACUCUUUGCGUUCCGUGGCAGUUUAUGGAGGAGGCAGCAUGUGGGAGCAGGCCAAGGCUCUGCAGGAAGGCGCAGAGAUUGUGGUCUGCACUCCGGGUCGUCUGAUUGACCAUGUGAAGAAGAAGGCCACGUCCCUGCAGAGAGUGUCGUACAUGGUGUUUGAUGAGGCAGAUCGCAUGUUUGAUAUGGGUUUCGAAUAUCAGGUCAGAUCUCUUGCAAGCCAUGUCCGCCCAGACAGACAGACUCUUCUAUUUAGUGCCACUUUUCGAAAGAAGAUUGAGAGGCUUGCCAGAGACAUCUUGGUCGAUCCUAUCCGCGUGGUGCAGGGGGACAUCGGAGAGGCCAAUGAGGACGUCACCCAGAUGGUGGAGAUGCUGCACAGCGCGACAGAUAAAUGGGGCUGGCUGACCCGGCGGCUGGUGGAGUUCACCUCCUCUGGCUCAGUCCUCAUUUUUGUCACUAAGAAGUUAAACUGUGAGGAACUGGCUACUAACCUGACCCAGGAGGGUUACAGCCUGGGCCUCCUGCACGGAGACAUGGACCAAAGUGAGAGGAACAAAGUCAUCAGCGACUUCAAGAAACAGAACUUGCCUGUUCUGGUGGCCACUGAUGUAGCUGCUCGUGGUCUGGACAUCCCAUCCAUCCGCACAGUGGUAAACUACGACGUGGCACGAGACAUCGACACGCACACUCACAGGAUUGGUCGAACUGGUCGUGCUGGAGAGAAGGGCACGGCUUACACUCUCCUCACCAACAAAGACACGACAUUCGCUGGUGACCUCGUGAGAAAUCUAGAGGGCGCCAAUCAAGGCGUUUCUAAAGAACUGAUGGAUUUAGCCAUGCAGAACUCCUGGUUCAGGAAAUCCAGAUUCAAGGGUGGUCAAGGAAAGAAGAUGAAUAUUGGCGGAGGAGGUCUUGGCUACAAAGAGAGACCCGGCCUGGGGGCUGAAAGCUCUGAACGCAGCGGAAACUUUUUGUCUUCUAGUAGCUUUGAAGGCUACAGCAAACCAACGUCUGGGGCAAUGGGAGAUCGCAUGUCUGCUAUGAAACAAGCCUUCCAGGCUCAGUAUAAGAGCCACUUUGUGGCCGCGUCCAGCGGCCCUCCGAAGCUUAGCACUAAGUCUAACAGCUCGUCAUGCUGGACGAGUGCCGGCAGCCUGAGCUCCGUUCCGACCGAGUCCGCCGAUGGUCCCGAGCGGUCCCAGAGCUCCACCUUGUCCAUGUCCAUGUCCGGCUUCACCAGCGCCGGCUCCCUGAGCUCGGUGCCCACCAUUCAAACCCCUUCGCAGCACAUCUACCCUCCGGCCGCGCCUCCCCCGCCGAGAGACACCCCUCGGGAAAGACACGUGGAGGACCGGGGACGCCACGACAGUUACCGCCACAGCGACAGGAUCGAUCGACAAAGUGGCGAGGAUCGCUACGGCGACAGAGAGCGAGACGGAGACCGGGAUCGCCACGGAGACAGAGAUCGCGAGCGCCACGGGGACCGGGACCGCCACAGCAGCAGCCGCCACAGCGAUGGUCGCAAUGGAGAUGGAAGCAGGAGGGACCGAGAGGAUCGGAGGAGUGAGAGAGACGGGGGAGACAGGGGGAUUGGAGAGGGGAGGGACAGAGAGGAUCGGAGGGACGGGGGGAGUGGAGACGAUAGCUUCGCUGUCCCUGAUCCACCAAAGCGUAGAAAGAGUAGGUGGGACAACUAAAAAACACAAGUAAACACAUCAAUAGAAUAACAUGUGUCCUAACUGCUCCAUGAUGAGCUUGUCUGUUGUGUAGGCAGGUGUCAUCUCAGAGGCUGACACAAGCACAGCACCAGAGGGGGACUUUGUGGACUUUGAAUGAAAGUGUACGGUGGGGUUGGUUAGGACUUCAAGGUUUGGUCAAAGCUCAAGAGUGUCUGACAGAUCUACACAAGCAGCUCAGAGACAGUCACUGCAUUUAUCAUUAAGGCUGUUGUACGUCGCUAUGAUCCAAUAAUAGAGCUGUCAUGAAUCCUGCUGUCUGUAAACAACUCAAAACUAGGAUUAUGUUGGUUAUUGUCUUGUUUCAUCUCACUGAGCUCGUAACAUGCUUUUGUGCUCGUAAACCUGAGGCUUUCUUUUUUUCAAAUUCUUUGCAAAGAGUUUGUGUGUUUGCAUUUUGUCAAUGUACAAAGCUAACUCUCAAAACUGUUUUCAUUUUCAAAUGUGCCCGUGAUGAUUCACAGUCACACAUGUUAGAACGAUGUAGCUCUUUCUGUGUCUUGUAUUCAAGUUCCAGUGAUGUGUCUGUUUUUGGCAUUUCAGUUUGUCUAUGCUUUUGAAAUGUUUUUCAAGAAAGAAAUGUGUUUGUACGAGAGGAAUUUGAAGUGUUCAUUCACACAUGGAAAAUUAAGUUUUGAUUAAAAAGACUCCUUUGGCAUCUA